ACAUGACCAAAGGACUGUUACAAUCACUUUUCCACACUAUCUUAUUCUUUUUACUUACUUCUCUAACGGAGCUGCAUCCUGACCUAAUUUCAAAGUCUUGUUUGCACAGACAUCAUCACCUUGUCUGAACUUUAAAUGCCUAGUCUUUUUUUGACACUGUAAAAGAAAAGCGAACAUUCUGAAAACCUACUUGUGUCAGAGAGAUAUUGUUCUUAACUGUACUUUCCAGAUUCAAGUAUCAUCCUUUUCAUUGCAGCAGUGGAGAUAAAAAGGACCUCAGACAGAAAAACUUGCUCUCUGCAAGGGAAGGCACCUACAGCUUGUAUAGCUCUGACCAUUCAUUCAAGAAAUACCGGGAUAAAUGAGAAAUUCAACGUGUCUUCUUCAGCCAUCCUUAGCUACUACUGUAGCUCUACCAGUCAUCUACUCUUUCCUAUUUCCUGCUGGAAGUUUUGGAAAUAUUCUCGCUGCCUGGAUAUUUUCAAGGCAAGCAUCCACAAAAAGAACACAAUACAUUUACCUGGCAAACCUUCUUGCUGCAAAUUUACUCAUAUGUAGCACAAUGCCUUUUCUGGCUGCCUAUUUUGCAAAAGGGUACCAAUGGACUUAUGACUCUGUAGCAUGUAGAAUAGCAUAUCGCCUUGGGACUCUCAUAAUGCAUGUCAGUAUAUAUGUUACAAUUAUAAUUUUAUGUUCAACUGCUCUAAGUCAGUACGCAACACUGAAGAAAAACAGUGACACACAAUACUCUCCAGCAGUUAAUGAAAACUUUUACAGAUGUGUACUUGAAAAGUUUCGUCAGCCAAAAUUUGCUAAAUAUUUGUGCAUCAUUAUAUGGCUUACGGUGCUCUGCAUAACGGUAACAGCUAUAACAUAUGAUGUCCAGGCACGGGCUGCGGAAGAAUUUCACAGAUGCUACAAUGUCAGGGUAGAAGCUGGUGGAUUUACUGUAAUGAUUGCAGCUUCUCUUGCCACUGCGUGUUUUUUUGUAUCUUUUUUGACAGUUUUGUUGUCAUACUAUUCUCUUACCAGACAUCUGAGUAAUAUACAAAAAAAUACCUGCAUUGGAGAAAAACAUCUAAUUUACAGUACAGUGAAAAGAAAUAUUCUUGUAAUCCAGAUAACAUUAACCGUCUGCUUUCUUCCAUAUCAUAUUUUUAGGCCAAUUUUUAAUGUACUGCUUACAAAUAAUGACUGCCCAAGGUUAAACUAUCUAGUGGAGAUUAAAAAUUUUCUUACUUGUCUUGCUGCUGCUAAGAGUAGUUUAGAUCCAGUUAUAAUCCUUCUGCUAGAUAAAACAUUUAAGAAAAGUCUGUAUGGCCUGUUUACAAAAUCCACACCAGAACACCAUAACCGUAAAGCUGGUAAAUUCACUGAAAAGGCUCCCAAAAUGUGAAGGAGUACAGAAAGAUUUCAGUAGAACAUAAGUAACAAUAAAAUCUUUUUAACUACCUAUAACCAGCUGUUGAUGUGAAAUGGGAAAUAUUUAAAAAAAUGAUAACAUAUUAUUUGUAUCUUUUUUCAAAUUAUCUUGCUUGCUACAUCUACAUUAGCCAUAAUAAAUCCAAUGUGUGUAUCUAAAUAAAUCAAAGUAAUUUAUGCAGUGAACAGUGUAAUACCCCUUUAUCUACACAAUGCAAAAGAUGCUUUAUGUUUGACCUAUGGAAAGUUUUUUCUACCUAAAUAAUGAAGGAAGAAGGCAGAAACUAGGCUGAAGCUGAGGACCCAGUUCUCUUUCUAGCAUCAAUAAAACAGUCCCAGGUUUUGCACAUGGGUUUCCUUUAUGAAAAAGGCUGAACAAAGCACAGACAUUUUCUCUGGAAUGGGUGAACCAUGUAUGAAAGGCUUAAAGAAGCAGGCACAAAGAGCUACAAAACACAUUCAGGAUUACCAUAUAUUUUUUGUUCAUGAGUAUUUGGGUAGAAGGUUGGUUCCUUUUUUUUUUUUUUUUUUUUUUUUUUUAAAUGGGGAAUGCAUCGUGAGAUGCUAAAACUCUUUAGUGCAUAAAAAAAAGUUCUUGAUGACAUCUUAUUCUGAAGUCGCUGAAAAAUGCCAUUAUUUACUUUAGCUAUGUCCAUCAUAUUAGGGUUUUGCUACAGUAGCUGGUUUUUUAGGAGUAAAAAAAUGUAUUAAGAAAUUAUGCACUUUUUCUAUUCUAGCCUUCACAGAAAACGCCUAUCACAAAGAAAAAGCUUCGUAUUAAAAUAGCAGAAAUCUCAGAUUUAAGAUUUAAUUAAUUUAUCACCCUGCUCUGACAUUUUCUACCAUGGCCACAGUGUUACUGAAAUUACAUCUGCAACAGAGUGACUCUGAAGAGAAAGUUUUCAUGGUGACAGAUAACCUGCUGGGGUGAAGUACCCACAGAUGCAGAGAAACUCUGGUGGCCUAGGAUUUUACUCAGUGUUUGAGGAGAAUGGGUUUUAUACAUGCUCUGCAGCUUCAUCAGGAAUAAUUUUUCUUGCAGUCUUAUCCAUGACAGUCAUGUUCAACAGCUGAGGCACUGGCUUCCUUAUCGGUACGCAGUUUUGGUGUACUCAGGAUACCAUAUUCACCCAAAAGUGCUACACACUUAUUUCACUUCAAAGUUGGAUUAACAUACGCUGCUUCAGAAGGCACCUCCUUCUCAAUACUUAAAUCCAGACCAUUUAUGGAAGAAUACACAAAGCACAAAAGAUCAAUAAAACUGUAACAUAUCUGAAUGUACAAUAAUAUUCUGUGAAGAAAAAAAGGAUGAAAUGCAUACAUGCAGUUAUUUCUGACCUCUUGUACUACUUAUGAAUAAAAAAAACCCCAGCAAAACAAAUCACUGCAAUUUCCAUACUCCUAGUCUAAUCUUGUGAGGUAAAUUCUAUGGUUUAAUUAGGAAGGCAUAAAUGCUUAUUAUUUGCUGGUAUACAAAAUACAUUCAAUUAGAAACAUUUCAAGAUCAUUAACAGUAUGAAAGCAGUGUGAAACAGGAGAUUUUGUGGUUGGGUUUUUUGGGUUUUGUUCUUUAUUUUACUGUAGAAGUUAGAAUAUUACGAUGAGUUAAGUAGAGAUUUCGAUUAUUUUGAAUUACUUCUGUAGAAGACACUUAAGAUUACACAAUGGUCUUUUCCUUGUACAAUCUUCUAUGCAUCUGAGACCAAGAACAGUUUACUGAGUGUAAAAAGUGCUAUGAAAUACUAGGCUCUGAUAAAUCCUAGCACUCACCCAAAAGUUCACAAUAAAAUGUAGUGAGCAAUUCUAACUUCCCAACCUUAAUACUGAGUUCCAUGACAGGUGCACUGAACUGACGCAAGUGCCAGUGGACACCCUAAGACUUCAUAUCAUCUGACAGCUGCUUUGUGUUCUGCAGAAAUUAUAUAAAGAUGCAAAUGAAAAAGACCUAAAUUCAUAGGAACGCAGUAUUUUACUUAAUACAGUGCUACCCCUGAUAGCAGAAUUUAGUGACUGUUUCUUUCAUAGAAUUCCCAUGUGAUGUUUAGGAUAUGACUUAUGGGAAAACCUGAAUUGGGCAGCUUCAGGGUCUAAUUCUACAAAGCAUUGUAUGAAAGCUGCUCUGCGAACACAGUCCUUGAGCGUGGGGAGCCAGUUUGUGGGUGUUCAACUUCACAACACAACCAAUGUCCAAGUACCUACAGCAGGACUGAAUUGAGCAGUUGAAGCCCUCCAGAUGGCACAGUGCUGCUUAAAUAAUUGGUUUUAGAUCAGCAGCUGUAUGUCUGACUGAGUGAAGCCGUUUACCACCAAUGUGUUCUCAUAAUUUGCACAGGCCCAAUCAAGAACCCAACUGCUUCUGUCCUUCCUUAAAUACACUUUAUAGGGAAUGCAUUUGCAAUUGUUAGGGUAUCUCAGCAGGGUGCCUGCCUGUGGAUGUUCUUCUUAAUACAGAGUUUUUGAUGGUAGCGCAGGCUUAAGUCAUUCUUUCUUCACUUUUCUAAUCACAACCACUUGUUCGCCAGUGCUGCAUUUAUCAAAAAGUGAAGAAAAUGGAAGAAACUUUGGGAACUAAUCAAAUAUAACUUUGUGAUAGACUCUUAGCAAGAUCCCAUUACGCCAUUUCUAUGAGGUACCAAAAAAUAUAAUAUAUCCUUUACUUUUUUCCUAUGUGGUCUGUUCAAGAUCAUGUCUCCUUUACAUUUUUGAACUGCAGCAAAGUUUUUCUUGUUUUAAGUAGUGGAAAAGCUUUUGUGCAGUACAGGCAAUUUGAGAAACUAAAAAUUGAGUAAUACAUUGGUCUAGCAUUUGACAGAAUGGUUCACGCGGGAAAAAUCCCCCAAAACAGAAAGGCAUGAGAGAGAGACAGAGAAAUACUUCAGCAAAACACAGCUUGUGCAUUAAACUUCUUGCACUGCUUAGACAUCCUGGUGCCAAAUCAGAAGUUAGCAUGUGAUUUGUGAAUUGUAUAAUAAAAAAUAAAAUCAUUCAUUUCCAUAGUCGGGAACACAAAAUCCUAAGGCAAAUAUGCACAACACAUGGUUUAUAAAGCAGUUUAAAAGGCUGCAAUUGUCUGUUUACUUUUUGGUUAACCCGUUCAAAUGUGCUGCACAGGUGGCCAGCUCAUCGAUCAGAAGCUACGUUUUCUGACUGGCUGGGCAAAUGACUGGAAUAUACAAAUUCCCUGAUCAGAAAGCAUGUAGAGGUUGAGCUCUAAGUAGGCCAAGCAGCAUAAAUAUACUCAGCAAAACUGCUCCUGAACAACCAGCAGGCAGCUAAGAGUAUACUAGGACAAAAUACUAGGGCAGGACAAAACAAUAAUGGGGACUCUGAGAUAGGAAGCAUGUAUGUACAGAAAUGGACAUAAACGGGAGGAAAAAGUACCACCUGAAGAAACAUUGAGGAAAAAAUACUGAAAGCUUUAUUCUUGGAGCCUCUUCUGCGCUAAAUGCGGAAGUGCUCCACAGAAAAACACGGCCAGAUAGGACACCUUAAUUAUACCUCUGCUAUUGAUUUUGCAGCCUUAAUAACCUUUUAACGAUUUAAUAUGUAACAAAAUCCUCAACAAAGUAGUUGCUACUGGAUCUCAAGGAGCUAAUAACUUCUGGAAAAUACAGAAAAAGCACCAGUUAUUACUGACUAUGCCCUGAAAGCAUAAAACAGGUUCCAUGCCUAAGUGAAAAGAGCAGAAGGAAACUAACAUGCAACAGAUUCCUUGCUUUGGAUAUUCAAAGAUUGGAAAGUGAAGAAGGUCUUAAAGAACAGCUUCUAUUCCAGUUAUUCUUAACAUAGUUGGAUAAACACACAGACGUACAUACAAGCCUUAUUAAUUUUCCAGAUACCUAAAAGCAGAAGUGUAAGAGUCUUGAACUCUACUGGCAAAACCUGAAGUGCUUAACUACAAGUACUUCAGGCAAUGAAAGACAGAAGUGGUAAUUGAGUGCGAUCGCAGGGCUCAUAUGGUUAAUUAAGCUCUGUAUAGGGCAUAAAUCAACAUACAAAUCUAUCCGUACAUCAAGCCUCAAGUUACCUGGAUCAACUGAGAUUUGCAUAUGACAUACAACACAGUGCAUAACGCUUAGUCCUAUUCUCUGGAAAAGUUUUUUUAACUUCCAAAAAUACUGAACUGAAUCUUAACAGCAGAAAAGGCAGAAUCCAUGCAUUUUUGCCUUAGCAGUUAUACUGUUCAGACGAUCACAUGUUGGAAACAAGCAUACAUACCUACUGAAGUAAACCUAUAAUAAAAAUUUGGGAUGUCUGCAUUUAGCCAACAAGCUUGCCCUGACUCCAUCUGCACACCAAUCAUUUUACUUAUCACAGAAACAUAUACAAGCACUCAAACUAUAUGAAAAUCACAGAGCAAAUCUGGGAGUAUUUGGAGUGAACUGAGAUAAAACCCCAGCAACUAAAGCUCUUGAUGUGAUUAAAUUACUCUUAUAUCAGUUACAUUAAAAGGUAUUUUUGUAACAAAAAUUCUGCAACUAUAUAUAAUGCUACAUAAGCAUCACAAUGCAGGUUAACUGAAGACUGUAAAACCUCUUGAGGUUUUCUGGAUAAAAAAACAUUCCAUUGAAGUUACUGCAUAAAUGAACAAGUGACAAGAUCUGCAAUAAAGUGAAGAAAUGCUCUUCUUAUUG